AAGUUCCAGGAAAUCCGAAGAACUUAACACAGUUGUUUGGCCGUUCGAACAAUCAUGAGGUUCAUUGUAGUGGCGAUCCUUGGCUGUUGUGCCCUGGCUUUGGCUUUCCCCGAACCCAAUAAACAAUUCCUCGAGAGACAAAGAGACAUCCUUCGCCUGUUCCGACACAUAAACCAGCCAAGUUACUACAAAGACCACCAGGAGAUAGCCCAGAGUUUCCACCUCCAUGACCACUACGACCACUACACUAAACCUGAAAUUGCCAAACAUUACCACCAAAUAUACGAGUAUGGGUUGCUUCCAAGAGGCGAAGUCUUUUCAGUGUUUUACGAGGAGCACCUUCAGCAAGCCAUAGCUUUGUACAAACUGUUCUAUUAUGCCAAAGAUUACGACACGUUUUAUCGGACGGCCGUGUGGGCAAGACAACAUGUAAAUGAGGGCGUUUUCUUGUAUUCUUUUUCGGUGGCAAUCGUCCACCGUGAGGACACUUACGGGAUAGUUUUGCCCCCAAUUUACGAAAUCUACCCCCACUAUUUCUACAACAACGAGGUGAUCCAGGAGGCUUACAGGUACAAACAACAGUAUUACAACCAGGAACACGGUUACACAAUCAAUGCCAAUUACUCCGGUUUUUACCUAAAUCUGCACCCUGAACAAUCUUUGUCGUACUUCACUGAAGAUGUAGGUGUCAAUUCCUUCUACUACUACUACAACAUUUACUACCCCCAUUGGUUGGGUGGGGAGGACUUUGACUUUGCCCAUGACAGGCGGGGUGAGCAGUACUAUUACGUGUACCAACAAAUUCUGGCAAGGUACUACCUUGAACGUUUGUCCAACGAUUUCGGGGAAAUACCGUUUUUCAACUAUGAAGUACCGUUCGAAAAUGGGUACUACCCUUUAUUGCAGUACCCCAAUGGUCUGUUUUUCCCCCAAAGACCGAACUAUGCCAAGCUUUACGAGUACUUCUACAACUAUGGGCAAAAAUACGGUAAUAAUAGGUAUGCCUACAGUUAUACUUUUGUCCAGGAUUAUGAGAGGAGGAUUCGGGAUGCCAUCGAUCGUGGAUACGUCUUUUCGCAUGAUGGUCAAAGGAUUAACUUAUUCUCCGAAGACGGUGUUAACAUCCUUGGUAAUUUAAUCGAAUCAAACCCUGACUCCCCCGACCGCCACUUCUACGGCGCCCUUCACGUGUACGCCCGCCACCUCCUGGGGUACUCCUCCCAGCCCUUGGACAAAUACCACGUGGCCCCUUCGGCCCUCCAACACUACGAAACGUCGCUCCGUGACCCCGCUUUCUACCAGUUCUACAAGCGCAUUGUUUUGUAUUUCCAGAAGUACAAGUCGUACCUCCCGUCCUACACCGAACACGACUUGCAUUUCCAAGGGGUGGAGGUCAAGAGUGUUGAAUUCGACCGACUUGUCACCUACUUCGACCACUUUUACACCGAUAUUAGCAAUGCUGUUUACGUCACGCCUCAGGAGUACGACAGCGAGAAGGUCCAAGUGAGGGUACGACAGUACCGCCUGAACCACAAACCGUUCACUUACCGGGUUCAUGUCAGUUCGGAUAAGGAGCAACAAGCUGUUGUUAGAAUUUAUCUGGGGCCUAAAUAUGACGAGUACGGGCGUUAUAUUAACAUUAGUCACAACAGACUCAACUUUGUUGAAGUUGAUCACUUCAAGUACCAGCUCAAAGUUGGGGAAAAUGUGAUUGAGAGGAACUCCCAUCAGAACUACUUCUACCAGAACGAUCGUACUAGCUAUCGGCAGUUGUACAAGCAAGUUUUAGGCGCUUUGAACGGCAAUGGAGAGUUUAACGUGAACGCUAACGAGGCCUAUUUUGGAUUUCCUCGAAGAUUCCUUUUGCCUAAGGGUAAUUACGGGGGUCAAGAAUUCCAGUUCUUUGUCAUUGUGAGCCCAUAUGUGCCCUACAAGUACCACCAAGAGGGUUAUGACGCUAGCAAGUACUACUACCCAAGGGUGGGGUCUGGUGCCCAUCAUAUCGAUAAUUAUGCCUUUGGUUAUCCGUUUGACCGACCCAUUCACUAUGACCAGAUCUUCCACAAUGUACCAAAUGCCUAUUUCUACACUACCAAGAUUUACCAUAGACAUGCCGAUGAUAUCAAUGCGUCAACUUCGGCCCAUCAGUGAUCAAAAUAACGAUUUUGUGUAACUAAUUAACUCUUGUUCUGUAUUUAGAUUAAAUAAAGUGUAUUCAAAAAA